CAGCAUAGAUUUUUUCAUCAAAAUAAACUUGGCAGCACUUAGUAACUUGACAUUUGCUAUGUUUUACACACAUACAUAACCUUAAUUUUUAAGUUUAUUUAAGGAACUUUGUAAAUUGAAAAUAAAUAAAUCAAAAUGCCUCCUAAAAAGGAUAAUAAAGGCAAAGAUAAUAAAGGUGCUGCUGGCGGCAAAAAGGGCGGAGGAGCCGCUGAAGAAAAAGGCAAAGAAAAGAAAGGUGGUAAUGCUGUUAAAGUAAGACAUAUUUUAUGCGAAAAACAAGGCAAAAUAAUGGAGGCCAUGGAAAAACUAAAAGCCGGCCAAAAGUUUCCUGAGGUAGCUGCCGCCUAUAGUGAAGAUAAAGCACGUUCCGGUGGUGACUUGGGCUGGCAAAUACGUGGCGCUAUGGUGGGUCCCUUUCAAGAUGCUGCCUUUGCCUUGCCCAUUUCAACAGUCAACAAUCCGGUGUACACUGAUCCACCAAUUAAAACAAAGUUUGGUUACCAUAUUAUAAUGGUAGAAGGCAAGAAAUAGGAAAAAUUUAACAAAAAACGCAUUUUUUAUAAUUAUUUAUAUAAGAUCUUAAUUUUGUAAUAAAGCACUAAAGGAAAA